UUUUUACAUAAUUUAGGGCCACAAAUGCUUGGAAAGUAUCCUCGAUAUGAUUACAGUGAUUGGAUUGGACAGAAAAUCGGAGUCUUUGGGACGAAGGUUUCAAAAGUGGGAUCGAAUUUCAAAGUGCAUCUUCAACUUCAUCCGACUAUAAUGGAGGCUGUUGAUGCUGGAUUGUUGAAGUAGGACUCUACUUCCAAAGACGCCAAGGACUUUUCAAAGGAUAUUGGUGAUGCUGUUCUUGUUGCGUAUGGCGAGGAUAAAAUGAAUUAUCGAGCUACAAUUUUUCAAAAGUCAAGGGUUGGGUACUUGGUAAAACUGGUAGACUACGGAGACUUUGUCAAUGUUCAGGAAAAAGACAUGCUCAAGAUUUCGAAAGAACUCGUUGAGAUUCCUGAAGCAGCCACACCCUGCUACUUAGUUGAACUAUUGGCAGCGGACCCGAGCAAACGUCCUUCAGAUGAAACCACCAAGGGAAAAUUGAUGGAGUUGAUUAUUGAAAAAAAUCUGGAAUGUUACAUUAGCCAUGCAAAUUUCAUUUAUGACGUGGAUCCCCGAGAAAUUCGAAAGUGUGUAGUGACCCUCGCCUCAGAAGAAGGGAUACCACUUCUUGAUGAUUUUGGCCUAAGAAAGCCAAACCUCUGCAAGUAUUAUACAAACGUUGACCACGAAUUUCCCAUGAUCGACCAGGGUCUUGCAAAGGAAUUAUUUAGUGGCCCCUCAGCAUACAUGUCGGGAGUUCAAUAUGAAGGAGUUGUGUCUUUCAUAGAAAAUUAUGACUCGAUUUGCAUUCAGCUAGAAGGUGACGACCAUCGAGCGGAUGGACUAAGUGAAGAACUGACACAAUUUUUGAAUAAUUGGAAAAAUGUCCCUCAACUGGAUCCUUCAUCUUUGAUCAAUGGAACUUACGUCGCGGCCAGGCAAAAUAUUGAAGAUGAUUUACGCUACUAUAGAGCUAAAAUUUUGGAGGCUUGUCCAGACAAAGACGCGUAUAAAGUCGUUUUUCUGGAUUAUGGAAAUUAUGAUGUCAUUACUUCUACAAUGAUCAAACCCCUCCCGUCUUACUUUUGCAAGGACAAAGCCUUUGCUCUUAAAGUCUCAAUCCCAAUCAAAGUACUCCCCGGUGUAAGUGAAGACGAGGUGUAUCACUAUGUUGAAAAGUUUACAGAGGAACAAGAGCAGCUUACGGUGUACCUCAAAACUGUGGAUAACUUAAUUUAUGCUUGGAUCAUGUGCAUGGAUAAGAUGCUUACAACAUCUUUGAUAGAGAGUAAGAAUCCCCUUGUCAAGCUGAUCUUUCCAACCCCAAUUAUUCCAUUGAAAAAUUAA